AAUUCGCGAAGGCGGAGCUCAUCUAUUGCUUAUAAAUACAUCCGAUAGUGCCGGUAAAGGAAUUAUGGAUCGGACGUUACGACUUACGACAACUCUUACCUCACCCUACACUAACUGCUUGUAAAUAGCCCAUAUUUUGCACCGUUACAGUCAUGCUGGCUUGAGAUAUCUGGCAUUAUAGUACUAUCACGAUAUGGUAGACGUAUGGCUCAGCAGCUUUGCCAAGUAUAGUGAAUCUCGGCCCAUUCGUAUUGCUGGGCAGCACAGGCAGCCAAGUCUUGUUACGGCAAGCAUCGUCGAAAUUCCAAAGGGUAACUUUCAAUGUUAAAAGGCCUCCAUGUCCUUCUCAAUUCAAUUCCGACUUAAUCAUUCAACUACCGUAGACUGACAACAGAAACCUAUAUUAUCAUUAUUAUCAGUAAUUAUCUGCUAUCACCACCAACCUAUAAAAUGGCAGCGAAACAAUUGAUGACGCCUCCAGAUAUCCCCGUCAACCUUGUCCGAGCCAAGGCUGGCGAGACUUUCAUGUUGGGAACUGUCCAGAUUCGCGUGAUGGAAGACGGCAGUAAUACUCACGAUCGACUUGGCACAGCCGAAUUCAUUGUCCCUCCUAACACAGACGGACCGCCGAAGCAUUGGCAUGAGAUGCAUGAUGAGACUUUUCUGGUACUCUCUGGUCGAAUGCGUUUCUUUAUAAAGGAUGGCGGCAUCGUCGACUGCACUGAAGGGGACUACGUUACUGUCCCAGUCAGAUCAGUACAUACUUGGGGCACUUUGGAUGAAGGAUGCAAAUUUCCGAACACCUUCACACCCGCUUACUAUAUCAAUUACUUCAAGCUACUUAGUCAGUUGUCGGAGGCAGGGAAGCCUAUGGACAAAGAGAUUAACGCAAAAGCCAUGACAUACUUUGCGACGAUUGGGGUGGACUAGGGCUGACCUUGUACAUUUGUUUUCGAAGCAGAUUAGGUGCUAAUAAAAAUGUUGAAAUGGAG